UUCGCGCCCUCGUCUUCUCCCUCACUCUCAGGUUUUCUUUUGGGUUCCCAUCACGCGCCCGGGUUUCCAUCUUUUCCUUGCGCCCAAUCUCCGAUCGCUGCCCUCCUCCUCUUUGUUUCUAUUCCCCCCGGUUCUCCCCAUCUCCGCCUGCUACCGCAACUCACGCCGGUUAGUGCCUGUUUUCUCUCUCUCUCUCUCUCUCUCUCUCUCUUCUUCCCUUUCUUUUUUCUUAUUAUUUUUCCCUCUCAAUUUCUUCCUCACUUGCCGCACUGGUCUCCUUCCUUGCCCGAGCGCCAUUUCGCUGCCGCUGCCGACGGUGGUUAGAAAAUAGUGGGUUUUUUCGGGCUUGGUUUUCCAUUGAUAGUGCCGUGCGGAAGUCGCCUGUUUAUCCUUGGUUGGCUCCAUUUCGACUUCAUGCUAUUUUAACUUUAGAUUCCGGUUUUGGAGGAUUUUAGCGUGCUGUCCAGCAAAAGUUAAGUACGUUUUGGGGAAUUUCGAGAUGAGAUUGAGGGUUCGGUAAGCCAAAGGAGAAUUGUUCUGUUCAUAGUCGGGGUUUAAUUGUGAGGCGUUAAUGGAAAUUUAGAGGCAAACUAUUGAACAUUUUCAGAUGGAUUGGGAACGGUCAUCCGCACCUGAUGAGAGAAAUGGUGAUGACUUAGGUUAUAGUGGAGCAGAAAAGUCCAGUAAACAUCGGAGUGAGGAUCAUCGAAAGAGUAGUCGAGGGGAGGAAAAAGACCAUAGAAGUAAAGAUCGAGAACGAUCUAAGAGAUCUAGUGAUGAUGCAUCAAAAGAAAAGGAGAAAGAGGUAAAAGAUUCAGAAAGGGAUCGGGUUCGUAGUCGGGAAAAGAGGAAGGAAGACAGAGAUGAGCAUGAAAAAGAAAGGGGCAGGGGUAGCAAAGUUAAAGACAAAGAUUAUGACAGAGAGAUUUAUAAGGAUAAAGAAUAUGAGAGAGAGAGAGAUAGAAAAGAUCGAGGAAAGGAUAGAGAGCGUGAGAGGGAAAGAGAGCUGGAGAAGGACAAUGUUCGAGGACAUGACAAAGAGAGGGGAAAAGAGAAAGACAGAGACAGGGACAAAGAUAGGGAUAGGGAUAGGGAUAGGAAGAAGAAGGACAAGGACAAGGACCGAUCAAAUGAAAUUGAAAGGGAGAAGGGAAGAGAGAAACACAGAGAUCAAGAGGACAAGGAAAGCUACAGGAACGUUGACAAGGAGAGGGGAAAAGAGAGAAUUUUGGAAGAUGAUAGGAAAACAGAUCAAACCAAGCAGAAAUUACAAGAUAAAGAAGGAAUUGGUAGCAAAAAUGAUGAGGAAAGAACUGGUUGGAUUGCAGAUGAGGGUAAGGAUUAUAUGCUAGAAAGUGAUGGUGAGAAUAACAGGGACAGAGAUGUUAACCAAGGGAAUAUGGUCCAGCAUUUGGGAGGUGAAGAAAAUUUUGAUGGGUUGAAAGUCGGAAGUCAUCCUUCUUCGACUAUGCUUGAGGAGCGCAUUCGGAACAUGAAAGAAGACAGGUUAAAGAAGCAAACUGAAGAAUCUGAGGUUUUAGCAUGGGUUAAAAGGAGUCGAAAACUUGAGGAGAAGAAACUUUCUGAAAAAGAGAAAGCCUUGCAGCUUUCAAAGAUUUUUGAGGAACAAGACAAUAUAGAUCAAGAUGUAAGUGACGAUGAUAUUGCACCAGAAAAUACAACUAAUAAUCAUGAUCUAACUGGAGUUAAAGUACUCCAUGGCGUAGACAAAGUACUAGAAGGUGGUGCGGUUGUCUUAACCCUCAAGGAUCAGAGUAUCUUAGCUGAUGGCGAUGUUAAUGAAGAGUUAGAUAUGCUUGAGAAUGUGGAAAUUGGAGAACAGAAGCAGAGAGACAUGGCCUAUAAAGCAGCAAAAAAGAAAACGGGGAUUUAUGAUGACAAGUUUAAUGAUGAAAAUGAUGGCGAGAAGAAGAUGCUUCCACAGUAUGAUGAUCCAGCAGAGGCAGAUGAGGGCCUAACCCUAGAUGGAAGAGGAGGUUUUAAUAAUGAUGCAGAAAAGAAGCUUGAGGAGCUUCGGAGAAGAUUACAGGGAACUUCUUCAGUUAAGCACUUUGAAGAUCUUAAUGUAUCAACGAAAGUCUCACAUGAUUAUUACACUCAAGAUGAGAUGCUUAAAUUUAAAAAACCCAGGAAAAAGAAAUCCCUUCGAAAGAAAGAAAAGCUAGAUAUUGAUGCCCUUGAAGCGGAAGCGAUUUCUGCUGGAUUGGGUGUUGGGGACCUUGGUUCUAGAAAUGAUUCUAGAAGGCAAGCGAAAAAAGAGGAACAAGAGAAAUCUGAGGCAGAAAUGCGACUUAAUGCAUACCAGUCAGCCUAUGCUAAAGCAGAUGAGGCAUCAAGAUCUCUACAAUUAGUUCAAACUAGCUCCACCAGAUUAGAGGACAACGAUGAUGCUCUCAUUGCAGAUGACGAUGAAGAUUUCUAUAAAUCAUUGGAGAGAGCAAGAAAAUUAGCUCUUAAGAAGCAGGAUGCAGCAUCCGGACCAGGAGCAAUUGCUCUUCUUGCUACGGCAACAACUAGCAGUCAGGCAACUGAUGAUCAGAACACAAAAGCUGGAGAGUUGCAGGAAAAUAAGGUUAUAUUUACAGAAAUGGAAGAAUUUGUUUGGGGUCUCCAGCUUGAUGAAGAUGCUCAUAAACCAGAGGAAGAAGAUGUCUUUAUGGAUGAUGAUGAAGUACCAAAAGAAGAAUAUCAUGAAGAUGUUAAGGAUAAAGAUGGUGGAUGGACAGAAGUCAAAGAUACUGCCAAGGAAGAAUCCAUUCCUGAUGAAAACAAGGCAGUUGCUCCAGAUGAAACAAUCCAUGAAGUUCCUGUUGGAAAGGGAUUAUCCAGUGCACUGAAGCUGCUUAAAGACCGAGGAACUCUGAAGGAAAGCAUUGAAUGGGGCGGCAGAAACAUGGACAAGAGAAAGAGCAAACUUGUUGGUAUAGUUGAUGAAGAUGAACCUAAGGAAUCUAAGUCAAAGGAUUCUCGUUUAUCUUCUUUGGUGGAUUACAAAAAGGAGAUCCACAUUGAGAGGACUGAUGAAUUUGGGCGAAUUAUGACUCCAAAGGAGUCAUUUCGUCAACUCUCUCACAAGUUCCAUGGGAAGGGACCUGGAAAAAUGAAGCAAGAAAAGCGCAUGAAACAAUACCAAGAAGAGUUGAAGUUGAAGCAGAUGAAAAAUGCCGAUACCCCUUCCUUAUCAGUGGAGAGAAUGAGGGAAGCUCAAGCACAACUAAAGACCCCUUAUCUUGUUCUCAGCGGCCACGUUAAACCUGGCCAAACAAGCGAUCCAAGAAGUGGUUUUGCUACAGUUGAAAAGGAUCUCCCAGGUGGCUUGACACCCAUGCUUGGUGACAGAAAAGUUGAGCAUUUCUUGGGGAUAAAGCGUAAAGGGGAAGCUUCAAAUACAGGCACAAAGAAAGCAAAAGUUUGAAGUCUUAGAUUUAUACCAGACUUUGUAGCAAGAAACCAUGUUUAGUGUACUUUAGUCUACCAACUAGAUGCAGCGUCGUAUAUUCAUUCAAUUUCAUGCCCCCAUCAAUUCUUCUUCGAUAUUUGAAUUGUUUGUAUGAUAAUCAAUUAUAUUCUUUCU